AUGACGAACCACGAGACCCGUACGAGUAUAGCCGAUCACCCUGAAAAAGUUCGGAUGCUUGUCUUGGAGACAGACGAAGCACAUCCAGACACCGAGAGCGAGCGAGGUAGCUUUGGCGACAUAUUCGAUCAGCUGUUCAAGCAGGCCGGAGACAAGCAUGACCCUCCGCUCGGGGUCGAGACCGUGAUACGGUUUAUCGUCGAGAACGAGGGCGGGAAGGUGCCUACACUGGACGAUUUCAAGCGCGGGGAGUUGGAGGACAUUCACGCUAUCCUGAUCACAGGAAGCAUGUACGACGCUCAUGGCGAGGACGAAUGGAUUGUCAAGCUCGUCAAGUUAAUUCAAGACCUCUGGACCGAAAGACCAGAGAUGCGCUUCUCUGGCGUUUGCUUCGGCCACCAAGUCCUCUGCCGCGCCCUCGGCUCCACAAUAGAAUCAACACCAGGCGAGAAGUGGGAGCUUGCACACACCGAGAUCAAGCUAUCGCCCGUCGGCGAGAAGCUGUUCAAGAAGAGCGGCAGUAUCCACCUCCACCAGAUGCACCAGGACCACGUUGUCAAUGGACCGUCGCCUUCCACUACCGACCUUCUUCCCGAAGAUACACCUGCGCACGUUUGGGGCUCCUCCGAAACAACAAUGAUCCAGGGCGUGUACUUGCCGAAGAAGCUGUUCACGAGCCAGGGACACUUGGGCUUCGACGAGAAGAUGGUAAAGCGGCAGAUUGAGAUGAGAGUGGAGAGCGGUGGGAUCAAGGACCUGGAUCAGGCAGAGGCGGCGAAGAAGACGGCGGAUAUGGAACACGAUGGAGAGUCGGUCGCAAGCGCUAUAUUGAGGUUCUUCCACGGAGAUGACGCUCUAUAG